UCAGUUUAGAUGAAAAAAAUCACCCUAGCUUCCGAAAUGUGACAUCGUUGACCCAUAUUUUGUUAAUUCUAGUCAAUUUUAACGUUACAACAUAGAGCAAUAUUAUAUUUUUGAGUAAUACUAAUUCUUAAGAGAGUAUUUAUUUUUUUAAUAUUAUAGUGUUGUGAAGAGCCUGAAUAUUUACGUUUUUAAUCCCUUGUUACACAUUGCCUAAAGUGAUAAAAAUCUAUCCUAUUACGUGCCGUGUUAAUUAGUUUUCAUGAUACUGUAAAUUUUAUACUGUUUCUGAAAUAUUUUUUUAUAUUUUCCUGUUAUAAUACGAAUUAUAUUGUUGAAUUUAUAUCUUUUCAAAAAUGUCUUUCGUGAAAUGUUGUUUUGAAGCUGGAGAGGGCCACGAUUUUUUGGAUUCGUUCGUGCAAAAGUGUACAGACCCAGGCUGCUGCUGCGGCUGCUGCUCAGCCCUCAGGCCUCGGUACAAGCGCCUAGUAGACAAUAUCUUCCCAGCAAUACCGCAAGAUGGCCUCGUCAAGACCAACAUGGAGAAACUCACUUUCUACUCGCUGUCGAGCCCUGAGAAACUCGACAGGAUUGGGGAGUACUUAUUCCAGAAAGCCUCCAGAGAUAUUUAUAGAAGGCGACAUGGGUUCGUAAUAAUAGCCAUGGAGGCUAUGGACCAGCUCCUGGUGGCGUGCCACUCGCAGACCCUCAACCUGUUCGUGGAGAGCUUCCUCAAGAUGGUGCAGAAGCUACUCGAGUCUACUGACCCUCAGCUGCAGAUCUUGGCCACGCAGAGUUUUGUACGCUUCGCGAACAUAGAAGAGGACACUCCGUCUUACCAUCGACGCUACGAUUUCUUCGUGUCCAAAUUCUCGGCGAUGUGUCACAGCAACCACAUCGAUAAAGUUCAACGAGACAACAUUCGAUUAGCCGGGAUACAAGGGUUACAGGGCGUUAUAAGAAAGACCGUGUCGGAUGACUUAGUGGAAAACAUCUGGGAAGCUCAACAUAUGGACAAGAUUGUACCUUCCUUGCUCUAUAAUAUGCAGACAGCGGAGAAGUACGACACAGUGCUGUGCAUGGAGGGCGGCGCGGGCGAGGAGGAGCCGGCGCGGCUGGCGGAGGCGUGCCUGCGCGAGCUGGUGGGCCGCGCCUCCUUCGGGCACAUCCGCAGCGUGCUCCGGCCCGUGCUCACUCACUUCGAUCGACACGAGUUGUGGAUACCGAACGACUUUGCCGUACACACGUUCAAGAUCAUCAUGUUUUCUAUACAAGCGCAGUACUCAUACAGCGUGGUAGAAGCGCUGAUGCAGCACUUGGACGCGGGCGGCAGCGGCGCCAGCGAGCGAGACUACACGCGAGUGCGGGCUGCGCGGGCUGCCGUGCUCAGCAACAUCGUCGCCAUCGCUGCUGGGGAUAGUGUUGGACCAUCAGUAUUGGAGAUUAUCAAUAAUCUCUUGACUAACUUGAGAGCUUCAGUCGCCAGAGAUUCUGAGAAAGAAACAGACGAGAAACUAUACCAGGAAGCAUUAAUCAACGCUUUGGGAGAGUUCGCGGACCACUUGCCCGACUUCCAGAAGAUAGACAUCAUGAUGUUCAUCGUGAACAAGGUGCCGAGCUCGCAGCGAGCCAACAAGGGGACCAAAGCUGAUUGUAUGCUGCAGAGCAUAUUGCUUAAAUCGCUGUUGAAGGUGGGUACAACAUACCGCACGGGCGAGCUAAGCAAGGCGUUCCCCGCUGCAUUCCUCGACGCGCUGCUCCGCGUGGCGGCCGCCGCCGAGCCCCGCGCCCGAGCACUGCUGCAGCGCAUACUGCAUACUCUGCUCGACAGGCGGGGCAAUGCUCCGAGACUGCAUCAUGCCACCGUUGAUGUAUGCGAGUUGGGUCUGAUCGUAGAGAAGUGUUCGCGACAGGACCUCAUCUUCAUCAGCAAGCACGGAUACGCACUGUUCAGCUCGCUUUAUGAAGGUCUUCAGCUGGAGUCCAACAUGAUGGAGAACGUAGAAGCUAUCUACACGACUCUAGCGCUGAUCUGCAUCGAGCUCGGCUCCGAGGAGACUGUCGGGGACAUCAUGCAGCUUGUACUAGCCAUCCAGCAAUCAAGUCUAUCGAAUCCGGUGCUGUCAGUGGCGCAGCAGUGUCAGCUGCAAGCCAUCAGCAUCUCUCUCGCGGCUCUCGUGCCGCAUGUGCUCCUGUUACCCAGGCUCGCUGACUAUAUACACAAGAUAAUCGUGGCUCGUCGUGAAGAGGCGCCGCACCUGCUGCCGCCGCUGCGCGAGGAGUAUGAUGACCUGCCUCCCGCCAAGAUGCCCAACAAGCUGCCGUAUCUUAUGAUGGAUCAGAUGGCGCUAUGCGACAUGCUGAAGGCCCACGGCGUGGACGUGUCGCGGCUGUCGGCCGCCUCGCCCUACAGCGCCGGCAACGUGGCGCUGCCGCACCGACACAGCUGGCUCGAGGCCGGAGCAGCUCAAGGCCGUGACAGCCUGGCGGAGAUCACGGCUCCGGGCACGGAGCUGGACAGCGCCAACAGUUCGCCCGGCGUACAGCGGCAAACUCAACACGACGAUUUGGACGAAGAGUACCGAAUGUUCACGGAGAAGUACAAUCACAACCACAGACCCGCCAUGCAGAACUUUGGCGCUUAUCGCAGUGACAAUGACUUCUGGCAUUGGGGUCAUCAGGACUCUCGCAGCAGUGAACAUGACAUGCGAAGAGAUAGGAAACAUACGUCUGGCGGCAGUCAGUCGGGCGUGAGCCUGGAGGCGCUGCGUCGCGCGGCGGGCGGGCCCUCCGGCGCCGAGCGGCGCGACGCCGAGCGCCGCCGCGCCACGCUCAACAACGCCUUCCGCACCGCGCCCUUCGACCAGCUGCUGCAUAUUACGCAGCCCAAGUACGAGAUAAAAGAUAAACUGGAAGAGAUCUUCAACUCUAUAAGCGAGGAGCCUCUGCUGCCGCAGUCGGGCCCCUGCUCGCCCGCCGGCAAGUCCUACCAGCACCAAGUGCCGCCUUACACCAAGUACUUCCCCGAGCUGUUCCUGUAUUGAACACAUUGCAACGGAGAAGAACUUGAAAUCAGUAGCUGCCUUUAGCUGUAGUUCCAAUUUACUCGCUUACAGUUGACUACAGAAUUUCACGAAGUAAGAACCAUACCUUAUACCCUUCGAAAUAAGGUCUAAUUUACCAUAACUUUUGCGAAAACUUCGUGGAAUUUUGUUUUCAAUAUUAGUUGUUAUAGAAUUUUAUGGAGGCGACAUUGUUCAUAUGUAUUAUUUAAUUGUUGGUUACCUAACAGUCUUACUGAGGAUAUUGACUGGAUAUCAGCUGGGACUAUGAAAACUAAUUUUGAUGUUAUUUUCAUAAAAAUAUCUCCAUUCUCGUGCUAUAUUUCCUAGAUAUAGCUGUUGUGUGUAACAACUAUUUCAAUAUAAAAAUGACAACUCUAUACCAUUUCAAAAUGUGUUCAGUAGUUUCCGAGUUCUCAACACAAACGACAUGAAACGGAAACUUAACUUUUAAUAACUUAAAAACCCUUAUCUCUAGACAAUAUUCCUUGUAGGCCUAAACAAUAAUAAAAAUGUGUUCAAAAUACAUAUUAACUAUGUCACCUUUUAUUUUUGACUUGACAUAUUAAAUGUUCUUAACCUGACUUUGGCUCCAAAUAUGAUAAUAAUGUAAUGUAUAACGACAUUCCUGUUGCUUUUACUGACUAUUUCGUGAUAAUUAUUAUUAUUGUAGGAGAAUCUCUUAUUGUGGUGGAGAACUGUUGUUAUUAAUUUUGACCAUACAUUUAAUUUGAAAACAGAGAUUAACGGCCAAUUUCACCAGUUACUGAUAAAGUCUCCGAUAGCCUAUCAGGAACUUAUCUGACAGAAUAUAACUUGGCCUCACAGGUCUGGGAUCGCAAUGUCUGGCAGAAAUUAUAAGCAGACUUUAUCUGCCAGAUAACAAACUGACACUAUCGGUAACUAGUAAAACCGGGUCUUAUUCUAAUGUGAAAUGUAGGGAAAAAGACCUAAAAUGUCUUAAGACCACGAAAAUUAAUAAAAAUUAUCAAAAAGUUGUAAGUAAUUGUCAAAAGGAAUAACAACAGCAAAGUUUUUAUUAAAGUUUAUGAUAUUUAUUAGCGCACUAAGUAACGGCGUGGUUGGUGGAAGUAACUACUGUUGGUUUAUGUCGCCCUGGUAGCGAACAACGUAUCUCACGGUGUGGGAAUGAUAUUAAUUUACUAAUUAUGUCAAUAACAAAUUAAUUAGUUCACUUUUAAAAGUAUCAACCGUUCAUUUGAAAUCACAAAAUAAUGAUUGCCUAGCCAUUUUAACAUUAAACAGUUUAUAAUUUAAUUUAAGGAGGAACUCAGUAAGGGCCACGCCAUCAUAAGGUUAAGCAAUGCUUGGUGCGGUCGGUCCCUGGAUGGAUGACCAUCAUAAAGAUUGGAUUUUUAUAUAGUUAUCGGCACGGAUAUUGAGCUCUCGACGGAAGAGUGGGGAUCGCUUUGCACACCGUACACUUAAGGCAAUAAACCAAUAAAUCACUUCUGAUGAUUAUAGUAAUAUACAACCCGUGCCGAUAAAGAAUGGGAUUAAAAAUCGCGACAGCUGUAUUCAACUCUCGCUCAUGUGCUAUAGUGUAUGAGCGAGAGGUAAAUACAGCUGUCGCGAUAUCUAAUCCCAUUCUUUAUCGGCACGGGUAGUAUGUUUAUUCAAAAUUGCGUUUCACUGUGUACCUUCGUUAUUUUGUUGAUUUCAAAUGAAAUGGUCUAUGAGUACAUAAAAUAAUAAAGUAAUAUUUGAUUUAGCAAAACUUCAAUAAUAAUUAAUUUGUUUACAAUAUUGUUUUCCUAGCAAAUGAUGAAUUAGUAUUACAUUGUGAUUAUGACUUUAAACUUUUAUAUUAUUUUGUUUUUGUAUGCAAAUGUCUAAUGUUUAUUUAUUUAGUCAAUUGAUUAUUGUAACAUGAAUAUUGUCGGAUGGGUGUGGUAGGUGGAAGAAGUAAUAACAUUGUAUAAGAGGAUUGUUCAAUUGUACUUAAUGUUAUAUUAUUACAUGUAUUGUUCAGAACUCGGUUGUGUACGAGAAAUAAAUGUGUUUCCACAUAAAA